AUGGACGUUUUGAGUGCGAAGGAUUCGGACCAGCGUCUUUUCAAUGGUCGAGAUGAAGAUGGACAAGAACAGCACGUUGAUCCGGAGAAACUAAUCGACCUCCGAAUUCUUAUUCACCAGAGUCAAGUGGGUUCUGUCAUUGGUAAGAAGGGAGACAGAAUAAAAGAGCUCAAGAAUGAUAACAAUAUGCACCUGAUCAAGAUCUAUCAGGAACUGGCUCCUUGCUCGACGGAUCGUGUAGUCCAGCUCAUUGGGGAACCGGAAGGCGUAGCUAGCUGUGUCGGAGGCAUUAUGGAAACACUUGAGGCUUCACCCAUACGCGGUCCCAGGAACGACUAUGACGCCAAUUUCUGGGAUCAGGCCAAUGCUGCACCCUACCCCUCUGGCUCUGACCGUUGGUCUGCUCCUUAUUAUGAUGCCCCUCCCCCACCACCACCUGGCUACAUACCUCGCGACUAUGACAGCCGCCCACCACCGCAUUUCCGUGAAAGAAGUUACGAACGUAAAGGCCCGUCGUCAUAUCGUAAGCCUGAAUAA